AUGUGUGAUAUAAGCGAUCCAGAUCUCGUGAUCGAGAACCUCAUAGAAGAUCUCGUAGAAGCAGAUCUAGAGAGAGAAGUCGUGACAGAUACUACGGAGAAAGUGGUGGAAGUAGUACUUAUGGUAGAGAGAGAUCCAGGAGCCGAGAAAGAGAUCGAGAGAGGAGCCGUGAUGAAAGCGGUAGGGAAUAGGUUAAGGUACGUGAUAGGACAACUUUCAUCGUGUUGA